ACGAAACGUUCUUUAGGUUAUGCGUCGUGCGAUUACUUUACAGAUGCCUCGAGGCAUUCGCUCGAUUUCAUUAACGUUUGACUUAAACCCCCCGAAAAAUUCACAGACUGGAUGUGACAUUUUCUCUCACCUGUAAUAUGAGAAUCAUAUUUUCGCACAAGUAUUUCGAGUUUUGUCAAUUGUCAAAACUGCAUGAUCGGAAAUGAUGACGCUACGUUUGUUUGACUGUCAGGACUAUCCAACUCUGGAUGCUAUGCCAAACAUGUAUGCAGAGAAUAGUGAAAUAGAGAAUUAUGAUUAUUUGCGAGAGUGCAUCGGUCAUUUGGAAAGUAAGGAUCCUGGUGUCAACUUUUCCGUUACUUCCACUAGCACUUCAGAUAUUGGCUUACAAGGAAACAGCUUGGAUGACGUUAACUUGAGCAACAUUGACUUUAAUUUUAUAAAAAUUGAAAACUUACUCUUACAAAAUGUUGAAGAGUCCGAACAUGGUACAAAGAACAAAGAGGUGAAGCAAGAAAAGUCAAUGGAUAUCAAUAUUUCAGACUCUAUAGAGAAUUUUGACACAGUGAGUCUAGGUUACAACGCUUUCUCAAAUUUCUCUGAUAACUCCAUUAAACAGUCAGAUGAUCUAUCGACAGUUAUCAAUAACAAUGAAUGUUAUACUUUUAAUAAGGACUUAACAGCUCAGUGUACAGAUAUAAAGCAAACAACAGAGUUUUAUAACUGUUCCAUCAAACCUCUUACAAAAGAUAAUAAUGAGCAGUCGGAUGUAGAUGAACAAGUACAAACAUGCGAGCAGUGUCUAAUGACAUUCAGAUACAAGAGGCACCUAGAUCGUCACUUGGAAGGUCAUAAGAAGAACAAUUGCCCUCAUUGCAAUGACAAAUUUGCCAGACGGAAACAUCUGGAGGUUCACUUGUUUCGUGCACAUGGAGAAAGAAUUAUCAAACAUCCGUAUCUAUGUGACGUAUGUCCAAAAAGCUUCCCAAAACGCGCCCUUUUAAACCACCACAGAGCUAAGCAUAAUUAUCAAAGCGGCAGAGUAUGUUCAGAAUGUGGAGAUAUGAUAAAAUCAGACACAGAUAAAAAGGAACACGAGGAGAACCAUUGUAAGAAGAAACAGUUCAAAUGUGAACAGUGUUCGCAAACAUUUAGUAUCGAGCAGACGUAUUUAUCCCAUAUGCAGAAUCACAAUAAUCACAAGUGUCCCAACUGUGAGGUAAGUUUUGCGUCCAAGAAGAAAGCUCACGAACACUUCAAGGCGGUUCACACCUCGAAGUCGAGCGAGUCUGAAACGAUAAAUAACGAUCCGCAUUAUUGUGCCAGCUGCAGGCACAAGUUCGUCAAGAAGGAUGACUAUUUUCGGCAUCUGGAGUCGGCGUUGCACCUCAACAAAGUUAACAGGGAUGCACCUAUAAAGGCUAUAUUCUCGUGUACGAUCUGCUCGAAGAAAUUAUUUACGCAACGGGCCUUAGAUCAACACAUCAGACGCAUACACAAGGGCGAGAAGCGAUUUGCCUGCGACAUAUACGGGUGUACGUUCCAAUGUGCUAGACGAACCGAUCUGGAUAGACAUAAGCACCUGCACGUGGAGGAGAGGAACGUUGUGUGCGAGCACUGUGGCAAAACGUUUACCAGCGUCAGCAUCCUCAAGGACCACGUGCUCUACAUCCACAGCAAAGAGCGGCAAUUCAUAUGCGAGGAGUGCGGCAAGGCGUUCAAGAGGAACAGUUUGCUUAAGAGGCACAAAUUGUCGCACGCGCAGCACCGGCCGUUCGUUUGUAUGCAGUGUAGCACUGCGUUUAAACGUUCGCACCAUCUCACUCGUCACAUGGAGGCCUGUCACAGAAUUACACUGGAAAAGAAGAAGAAGGUGAUGAAGCUUAUGAAAACGGAAGAUGGUAAUCUUGUGCCAGUGCCGGAAAAACCAAAACGAUCGAAGUCUAGUAAGCUAAAAACCAAGAAAGAACGUAAACCGGCCAUGAAGCAAAAGGAAAAAGAUCAAUCGAUUAUGAAUAUUAAUGAACAAAUUGCGAGUGUUGAAUUACAACCGCAGAAUCAGCCUUCGUCGACGAACUCGGAGGAAAACGCUGAAUGUCCAAAUUUGUCAUUAGAACUUACAAGUUUGCCUGUAAUCGAUUCUACUCCACAAGUUCUUUCGCUAGUAGAUAUUAACACAGGACAAAUGUUGACUGUACAAGUCACUAACCCGGAAUUAUUAUCAAACAACGAGCUUGUUGAUCAGUUUGAAACUAAUUGCAACGAGAUGUUGAAUUUACCUGAUUAUCAAGAUAUAGAAUUUCAAAGUAGUCUUUUAAACGCGGAUCAAGCGUGCUAUGACAGUACGAGUUAUUCGGAGGUUUCUUUAGAAAAUAUCGAGGAUUCGGUCCCGCUUAUGAAUAACAAUUGUAAAAUAGAAGAGAUCGAGAGAUAUUUGAUACGUGAAUUCUCGCCAUUUUAUAAUCUCUAGACUUGCGAGACGAAAUAGUAGUGUAUGUAUACAGUUAUGUUUGCUCAAGUUUCGAGUCUGUUGUAGUUUUAUUCGAAUGCAAAAUCUAGACACUGUUAUUUUGUUGAUAAAGAAUGUUAAAGGAAUUUUAUAAUGUAUACAUACAUAUUUCUGUAUUUAUUUUAUAUCGCGAAAUACAAUCUAGCACUUGAUUUUAUUUCUUAAAGAUGAACGAAUAUGUAUUUUUAAUAUCAUGCAUAUUUUUCGUAUGAGACAAAUUUCACUACCUCGUAAAAUAAGUGAGCAUUUGAAUCGCACUCUUAAAAAUGUCGGCACGUUGCAUAUGUACAUAUGUAGAAAAAUAUAACAAAU